AUGGACGCGAAACGAGAAAGAGAAGUUGCUGUCAAAGCCGUACUUAAAAGUGAAUGUAACAAUUAUCUUUAUGAGUACCUAAUUCUAAGAAGGGAACAAGAUUCUUUCAUAGAAACUUCUCAAUCUGAGCAUGCUAGAUAUUUGGCUGAGCUAACUGAGCAACAAAAUUUUAAUGAACGCGCACAGCUCGCCUUAAAUGCAUUCGAGCAAGGGCAUCCGCUGGUUUGUUCUUGUGAUGAUCCGCUGGUUUCGGGUAAUGUCAAGCAAGACUUUGACAAGCAAAAGUAUCCGCUGGUUUACUUUUGUGAUGAUCCGCUGGUUUCGUCAAAUGAAGUAGCUGAAGAAGUAAAACAAAGAAAAGAGGAGGAAAAUGCAGUUCGAUCUGCUUCGUUGGGGCACCUCAGCAUAUUCGGGAAAACGCUUACUCAAUAUGCAAAUACGCAGGAAGCAUCGACUAAAGAUAUGAAUUUAUCAACUAAUCAUCGUAAGCGAGGAAUUGAGGUUGUGAUUGAUAACGAAGAAAAUGGUUCAAAUAAAAAGGAAAAAGAAAACACCGAGAAUGAUUCUGAUAAUAAUGAGAAUUUGCCAUCAAGAAACAAUAACGAAAAUUCUUCCUCGGGGUUUGAAAAUGAAGAAAUCAAUUUUGAUUUAACCAACAUUUCGAAAGAAUUGAAUCGUGAACCAACAGUUGAAGUAUCAUCAAUUAUAGUGCUCUGUUGGCCAUGUCCAUAUUCCAAUUUCACAAACCAAGAAUGGAAAAAAAUUACAAAAACCAAUCCUUACACUUUGCAAGAAUCGCCAUUACCACCAGAAAUUUCAUUAUCUCUUCGAGAGACAGCUAGUAGACGUUUGAUUGAUGGAGAUGUUUUCAUGAAUAGUAGUGAAUCAGAAUUAAUAAAUGACGUACCAAUUCUAAACUCCGAGUUUAAACCAUUGGGUUGUACUCCAUUGCAAGAGAAGAUGGACCGAUUGAAAGUUCAACUAAAGGCUCGGAAAUCGAUUAAUCAACAAUUGCAAAGAAAAGGAGGUCCAGGCGAGGCAGUUAUGUUUUUAAACAUUGGUAACUCAAUGGAAUCGUUUUUUAUGGAUUUGAAAUGUGAUGGGCUAUACCGCUCCUGGCCAUUUCUUACAACCAAACUGGUGGUUGACAAGUCUACAAUUCCAUUAGCAGAGUUUGCAAUUAGUCAUUUGAUGGCUUUGGAAGUAUUUGUUUACAAAUUUCACAAUCUUUACUUAUUUUGUAAUGAGCAGGAACGCGUUGAAAAAAUUGCCAAAGAUUUUAAAUACCGAAGUAGUCAAUUUACGCCCCCAGCACAAAUGUCUUACAUACGCGAAUUUCCGGAUACACCACAA